AUGGGAAGAAGGGUCAAUAACUAUAGUCUGAAGAAGAAGAAAGGUGCUAGAAGGACCAGAAGGAGUGGAUGGAAAAAUUUCCAAGAGACUGAGAAAAUUUCUCGAGUAAAUGUGCCCACUAGUAAUCCCAGCAGAAUCUUUGGCGAUCAAACUUCGAAGUCAGUGUACACAGAUUCAAUUCCUUCAUAUUCCUACAAUUGGGCAAAAGAGACUCCCAAUUCUGAUUCAGAGGUAAAAAGUGGAUUUAAAGAGACCAAAUUGAAAUGCCUAUCCAAGCUUUGUGCUGAUUUUAUUGCUACCAAAAGCAUGUCCUUACACCCCUCAUACCUUGGCUCAUGGUCAGCAUGGAAGCCAGUGUGGAAUUCAAUUUUGAUAAAAGGCUAUGAUUCUCCUGUCAUAUUUGGCAUGUUUGCCAUGAAGUUUGGUAACGAGUCUUCGUUCAAAUGUCACAGCUCUAAACUGGUCGAGAUUGAGGGUAUACCUUCCACCUACUCUCCCUUGUAUAACUCAAGGGAAAGAUCAAUACAGGGUUCAAGAAUAAGAUCUAAAAAGUUUCACCAUAGGUUGGAAACAGUUUAUUCCAACAUUUCAUUGAAAAACGUUUCGUCAUACGUACAUGAACACGGAUUCAAGUUACUACUAGAUUUGUCAUUUGCACAGUCCAUUGAUAUCUAUUCCAUAUUUCAGCUAGCCAACCUAACGGCGUUGGACCUUUCCAACAACAGUCAAAUAUCUGAUUCGUUUCUAACGCAGCUAACGAAUUCGAUAAAUGAGAAUAGAUUCCCCGACUUGAAGGUGAUUCUGUUGCUAAGAUGUUCAAAUGUGAGUUCAGUUGGAAUACGACAUUUGCUAAGCAAGCAGACUAAGGUUAAGUACAUAGAAUCAGAUUACCAUUUGGCUGAACAUUCAAACUUUGCUCAAAAAUUUAAUAAACCUGACAAAAGAAUAUCCACAUACGUUGAUGGUUCCAGCUAUUUAUCGCUAUUUACAUUGGAAACAAAAAUUUUGCUCAAUUUACCACUUGGAUUGAAAUUAAAUGCACUAGUCGAUAAGCACGAUCUAGAGAUGGAGAAAGGGAUAAUUCUUCUAGAUAUUCUUGUUGAUGCUACUACUUCAUCAGAAUUCAGAGCUGAUACCUGGAGUACAAGAGAACUUCGUAGAAACGUUGAGAGGAAAGGAUACGUUUAUAUGUUGAACUCAGCCAAUUUUACACCCAACAUUAGCCCAACGUUUGGCUCGAACGUAAGCAAGUUGGACAAUACUUCAACUAAAAAAGAUAGGACCAUAUUCAAAGUUAGCCCGAGGAAAAUCCUGCUGGAAAAUGAUAAAAUUCCUUCGAAGAGACAUAGGCCAAUACAAAAGACAGUUAAUGUUAAUAAAUUUUUCGAUUUGAACUAA